GUGUGACUCGCGCCGCUCUGUGCACCGCACUCGUGCCCCGAACACGACGCGUGCCGCUCCGCUGUGGCCGCGAACCGCGACCUCUGUGCUACCGGCGAAACGUUUCACCCGACUUUCGAGUGACUUGCUGUGAUUUGAACUUUCGAACGUUUACUUACGCUCCCUUACCCGGCUUGUUUACCCGCUCAUCAUAGUUGAGCCCCGCACCGCACCGGCUUGCUCGCUGACCGCCGAGCCGCUAAUCUCGCUUUUUUCGCGCCCCACGUCGCCCGCCCAGACCUGCACACCGGCCGCCGCCGCCGCCAUGCCCGCGCAACAAGCACCGCUCGCCCUCUACUAAACUCGACCGUCGACAUCGAUACCAACGCGUGUGAUAAUAAUAAUUUAAUACUUGCCUAAAAAGCUUGCAACAUCGGUGUCUUUCAUUCUAACUUAACUGUAAGAUUAAUAUUUAAUAAGUUAAUCAUCGUUUUAAAUCGUGUCUCUACGCGAGUGCUGUAGUGUGUGCUAGUGAAGGGUUGCAGGCGCUACUAAGUGGCCCCAUUAGCGCAGCGAGUGUUGGCAGUGCAUGCUCAAAGCGCUUGGGCGCGCUCGCCCCGCGGCUUAUGCACCGCACCCGCUCAGCGUAACUGCGUGCGCGACUCCCCCCUCCCCCUAGAAUCCAGUGAUAACGAUGGCAACCAUGGUGAACAUGAAUAACCUCCUCAAUGGCAAAGACUCACGUUGGCUGCAACUGGAAGUGUGCCGCGAGUUCCAGCGGAAUAAGUGUUCGCGACCCGACACCGAGUGCAAGUUCGCACAUCCCCCGGCAACCGUCGAGGUGCAGAACGGAAGAGUCACCGCUUGCUACGAUAGCAUCAAGGGUCGGUGUAACCGCGAAAAGCCGCCCUGCAAGUAUUUCCACCCGCCGCAGCAUCUCAAGGAUCAGCUGCUUAUCAACGGUCGAAAUCACCUAGCACUGAAGAACGCUUUAAUGCAGCAAAUGGGCCUGACACCCGGCCAGGUGCUGCCUGGCCAGGUCCCUGCCGUGGCAACAUCGCCAUAUCUGUCUGGUGUGCCGGGCGUGGGGUCGACGUACGCACAGUACUAUGCACCGCAACUGGUGCCGACUAUGCUGGGUCAUGACCCGGCCGCUGCGGCCGCGUCGCCACUCGGCGUCAUGCAGCAGCCCGUACUGCAGCAAAAACUGCCGCGCACCGACCGCCUUGAGGUGUGCCGGGAGUUCCAGCGCGGCGCGUGCAAGCGCGCCGAGGCCGAGUGUCGCUUCGCGCACCCGCCGCCGCCCGUGGUGGCGCACGACGACGGCUGUGUCACGGUGUGCAUGGACGCCGUCAAGGGCCGCUGCGUCCGAGACCCCUGCCGCUAUUUCCACCCUCCCCUGCACCUGCAGGCGCACCUUAAGGCGCAGGCGCGCGGCGCGAUGGACAUGAAAAGCGUCGGAUCCUUCUAUUACGAUAAUUUCGCGUUCCCCGGCGUGGUGCCGUACAAGCGGCCCGCCGCCGACAAGGCCGGCAUGCCGGUGUACCAGCCGGCGACCACGUACCAGCAGCUGAUGCAACUGCAGCAGCCGUUCGUGCCCGUGUCAUUUACUGGACACCCUCCCGGUGUGCCAAGAUUUUAAUCGACAAGGAUGUACCAGACCUACCUGCAGAUUCGUUCAUAUUCGUGAAGGGUGCGGGCUGCAGGUGGUGGGGUGCCGCGUGGUGGUGUGCCGCGACGCCGCCGCCGGCACGUGCCGCCGCGCUGCCUGCCGCUACUACCACAUCCCCGUACAACUGCCGCCAGCUCUACGCCCUCCUUAACCUAAUCUCUGAAUCCCAUUCACCGCACCCUCACCCCUCACCCCUCACUACCACAACCACCACCCCACCCCCCUUCAUUUUGCAUCCUCCAUACCUCGUCGCGGCCCGUCCCCCGACCCUCUCUCCAGCCCCGCUCCAAAGGUCGCCCACGCCCCGCGUUAUCCAUAUCGAUCGCGCCUCUGACACACUCGGGAAAGGCAACUUCGGCCGGAAGGCAAUGCCGCUCCCUCAAGGAGGUGGUGAUAGGUUAUAGCUUUGUGUUGGUUAGUUUAGAGCGGCGGGAACGAGCCGCGUCGCCAUUGCCCGCGGCUUAUUCCCGCCGGGAUUGCGAGCAAGUCCUCGGGAAAGAGUGUGUACAUAAGUAGCGGGAUAUGAUUCUCAGGCACGGUCAUGCGAUUGUGAUAUGAGUAGAUUUCGAGAUCCGGAGCCGUUUGAAUAAUUUUAUCGAGAUCGUCGAAUAGUAGUUAGUGAGGUUUAAAAUGUUUUAUUACUAAUGUAUAUUAUUUUUUUUAAGAAACGAUAUAAGUUCCUGUAAAGAUCGGUGCGUAUGCCAUUUGGCCCGCGCUAAUUUGUUGUAUAUAGGCUAUAAAUACUCUAGCGGGUGGUGUCGGUCGCUCGUGUCAAAAGUUGCGUCACCCCACUCCUAAUAUGAGCAUUUUUGUGAGAGUUAUGUUACUUUUUAUGUACGUUAUGGAAUUAUGUUUAUAGAUGACAAGUUUUACACUAGGUUAGAUUAAGUGAAUCAGUAAUGAAACACCAAUAGAGUAGCCGCUUUUCUCCUUCGGCACUAAAACUUUUGACGCCGGAGCACAAUGCACGUUUCGUCGAGCGGCGCAUCCUGCAGUCAGUGUCGCGUGGAAUUGAUCGCGAUUCAUCUUAUUGUCUUUUGGAUGGGUGCACCAAUGGCCAGGUUACAGUAAAGGCGGAAAGAAGUUACGAUAAAUAGAUUAUGUAGGGAUAAAUCUUUUUCUAUUACUAAAUUUUUGGUAUGUGUCUGUUGGAAGGGUGUUAAUCUGUGCUGCAGAGGCAACAGCCAAAAGAGAAUGUGACAGAACGCGAACAAACGGCUGCGCGAAACCGCUGGCACGGUCGUUGCGCCGCGUUGCGUCGCGUCGUCCAUUUCUCACAUUAGCGUAGAUCACGACACUCGUAGAGUGAUAGUGGGCAGACAUUCGAAAUCCAAUGAAAGUUAUCGGACAAUAUUAAAACGAUGAAAGCAUACUUCCAAGCUAUUUAACUUUUUAAUAGAAUAGAAACAAGAUCGGCUUUUAUUCCAGAUAGAUUUUGCUAGAUUCUCAUUCUUUUUGAUCGAUUCCCGUCUAUAGAAGCACAAAAUAAAGACCGACGAUCGAGUCCGACUUACCUCUCGAUGGGCUCGGAACAUGUAACAGCUACGUAUAUUGUUUUUGACAUAAACAGUAUUAAAAUUUUGAUCAAAUUUAACUCGUCGUAUGUAUGUAGAGGUGAUAUGCGGAUAGAGAGAGGCAGGCGCCCGCGUCGUCCCCGUGUCGUCCCCGUGUCCGGACGCCACGAGACGCAGGCGCCUCGAGGCAUGGAAGCCCGAUGCCUAAUAGAAUUCCUAGUCCAUAUCCUUUUUGUUGAUCAGUCAUGCGAUUAAUGUUAGAAUAAAAUAUUAAUAAUUUGAUUUAUUCCUCCCAUUUAGUGGAUAUUUUGAUAAUGAUAUAUUAAUAAUGAAAUAUUUAAGAUACAUAAUACAUAUUUGAUUCUAAAUCCUGAUAAAGUGACACUACGUUAGUAAUUUAGUCGGAGGGAUACUUGUGCCGUGAUUAUAUUUUUAGGUAUAUAUUAUUAAAUAAUUCCUAGCGUCGGAAUUAAAGAAGUGAUUAAUGUGUAAGCGCGUUAUAUUUAUUGUCGUAUCAUAAGUGGAAUGCCAUAUCGAUAAAAGAAGAAUAGCGGAAGGGCGGAGUCAAACUCGUUAGGAAGCGGUCGCGUUAGUUUGUGUUGGUUGUUGUCGGGCCGAGCUGCGUGCGGAGCCCGGGGAACAGUUCGCUUUUAUCAAUACGGCACUUGAGUCCUAAAUAAAUAACUUGUCAUUUUAUUUUUGUUGAAAUUUAUCGUUUCCUGAAUUAUUUGUUGACUUUAAUUUUUUAAUCAAAAUUUUAUGAUCUGACGCAUUUAUUGUAAGACAAUCGAUUAAUUUUAUAAUUAAUUAGUGUGAUAAUUAUAAUUAUGGUAUUAAAUUGCCGUUAUGAAAGAUUUAAACAUCGAAAGUAUCCUUCCUGUUUAGAAGGGACUCUUCAGGCCCAAGGUUUCUAGUGGAUUUUAUAUUUUUCUUUUUGUUGUAUUUUUAAUGUUGCGUGUGUCUUACACAUAGUAUAUUUCAUUUUUGUGAUAUUUUUAACUAUAAAGUACUGUUAUUAUAAAUCCAAAAGGAAUAAUGAUGACCUAAUUAAAUAUUCAAGAAUUUAUUUGUAAAUCACAAAAAAAAAAUGUAAAACUGUAAAUAUAUAAACAAAAAAAAAUGAACUGCAACACAAUAAUUGGUUAUUAUAUAUCUCUCAUCAAGUACACUGUAAGUUCUUUGAGUACCUAAGUAAUGUAUCUUAUUAAUGUAGUAGGUGCAAUCUACUAAAGGUGAACCGGUCCAGUGAACAAAGUAUUGAUAAUAUUGUGAACAUUUUUUUAUUCAUGAGCAAUCACAGAAAGUACAUGACAUUGUAAUAUUAUUUAUGAAAUUACUAUGUGAUGUGAUCUUCGGAUCAAUUUUGAGUACAGUAUAGAUAAUAAACAACUGAAUAUGUGAUUUGUUUAUUUUAUUUCAAAACCAAUAAGAAAGAAAUCCUUAUAGAAUUUUACUUUUGCGAGAGAAAUACAUGUUAUAGUAAUAUUAAGUAAAUAGAACCACUUGUAUGGUGAUACAGAUGCAUAGCUCUAAAUAUGUGUACCUACUUAUAUUGCAUAAUACCCAAUAAAACAUUACUAAACAAUAAAAUAUUUAAACAAUCU